AGUAAGCGGUCAACCGCCUCGGCUGCCCGGGAAAGCGAUCCUGAGUCUUGGCUCCACCCCGUGAAAGAUUUAAACCAAAGACAAUUUGUUUCAACACCGACGCCUUAACGCCAACGCGACUCCUCCCUUAAGACUGUCACUUCCUCUCCCAGUCAUUUUCACAAACACCGUCACCGCAAAAUACUUUCAAAAGAAAAAGGGAAAAACCAGCAUCAUGCUUCGAAGGUCAAUUUUGGAAUUAUCAAGUCGCCGAGGGUCUCCUCGGAGAAUUCCCAGGCAAAUUAUAUCCCAGCGUUCAUCAACGUUUAUUUAUUCAAGAAAACGAUUCUCGACGUCUCCCGGAAACAAUGCUACUCCGAAACCUGGUUCAGCCGGAGGUCCACCUGAAUCGAAGAAUGGGUUUUCAAAAGUUGUCCUUGGAACUGCUAUUAUUGGUGGUGCUGUCUUGGUUGCUUACCAAGCUGGAUAUUUAGAUCAAUAUCUUGGCGAAGGCCCCAAGGUUUCUAUUGAUUCAACGAAAAUUGGUUUUGAUGGGAAAGAUGAAAAGGAUAACCAAGUUGUUUCUUCUCAUAAUGAAGAUAUAAACAAAUUGACUCCUGACCAAAAAGCUGCAACUCAUAUUGAUCAUUCUUCUCAGUCUGAAACGUCGAGUGAAACCCAAGGUGAAAACCAGUCUAAUGUGGAAGACAAGUCGAAUGAGACACUUGGAGAAAGCACAAGAUCCAUACCGGAAAAGGCAUUGCCAGAAUAUUCUCAGAGCAGUUUGCCAUCUGCUGAUCACAAUGUAGAUGCUGCUGUAUCAGCUGAGGGGAAUCUCAAAAAGAUUGAGUCUGAAACUGCAACGGUACCAAACAAGGAAUUUCAGGAUAUUCCAUUGGAUACCCAGUCAAUUGCAUUCCUUGGAGAAAAGGAGACAAAAACUGUGCCAUCUCUUAAUACCGCAGACAGGCCGCUGGGCAAAUCAAAUAAAGAUCUAGAAGUUCCAAGUUCUCUUCUUGAUACCUAUAACCUUAGGGAAAAGGCAGAUGAAAGCUAUUUGACUUCUCUAAACAGAAAAUAUGAGCAGCUUUCUAAAGAAACAGAGGCUUUUGGUACAGCAAUUGAGGAACUGAACGACGGAUAUUUAUCGAAGGAUGGAAAAUUAGUUCUUGACUUCCUACAAGCCAUUCAUGCUGCUGAAAAGCGGCAAGCUGAGCUGGAUGCACAUGCUUUUGCUGAAGAAAAGCGAGCAUUGAAGGAGAAAUAUGAAAAGGAAUUAAGGGAUUCAAGAGCCAGGGAACUAAUGCAUACAGAAGAGGCAGCCAUAUUGGAUAAGGAAUUAAAGAGAGAAAGAUCAAAAGCAGCAGCUGCUAUAAAAUCCCUUCAAGAAAAAAUGGAAGAGAAACUUAGGGUGGAAGUUGAAGAAAAGGAAAGAGAAGCUGAAAUGAAGUUCCAAAAAGCUCAGGAACUAGGAAAAGCAGAAUUGGCUGCAGCGAUUGCAAAUGAGAAAGCAGCACAGAUUGAAAAAAUUGCAGAAGCAAAUUUUCAUAUAAAUGCCUUAUGUGUGGCAUUUUAUGCACGAUCUGAAGAAGCAUGCAAGAUUCAUUCUGUUCACAAGCUUGCUUUGGGAGUGCUUGCACUAGGUGAUGCACUUUCUAAAGGAUUACCAAUCCAGAAAGAAAUAGAUGCUCUGCGCACCUACCUUGAAGGCAUUGAGAAGGAUUCAGCAUUAGAUUUGGUCUUUUCAUCUCUUCCAGAAGAAACUCGGUACCAUGGAACAGACACUCUGCUAGAGUUGAAUCAAAAGUUUAAUGCCUUGAAAGGGACCCUAAGGCACUUCAGCCUAAUUCUGCCUGGUGGUGGUGGCAUCUUGACGCAUUCUUUAGCACAUAUUGCAUCCUGGUUAAAGGUGAAGGAAGUUGACCAAUCUGGUGAAGGGAUUGAAUCUUUAAUCAGUAGAGUUGACAAUUACUUGGCUGAAGGAAAGCUCGCUGAAGCAGCAGCCGCCUUAGAACAAGGUGUCAAAGGUAGCCAAGCAGAGGAGAUCGUUGGUGAUUGGGUGAAACGAGUGAGAAAUAGGACCAUUACAGAGCAAGCGUUAACAAUACUUCAAUCAUAUGCUACUUGCAUCAGUCUUACCUGAUUUCUCAGUUCUGAAUAUUUGGCUCAAACAAUGCCUAGGUGUUUCAAUAUUCAGAGUUACCUGUUGCCAGCUGAAUUGACAUAAAUAAUAUUCAUCUUAUGCUAUAACAACCUAACUCUGAUUCAGCAUAUUGCAUUGCUGUGAUGAGAAUGGCCAUUGCAACCAACUGCAAACGGAACUUUUCAGCUUUCUUUAUGUAGAAGGUAUAUACCUAUCAACUAAUUCAUAAUUUGUUUUGUUACUUACAGCCUAAUUUGGUUAUUAAAUCACUGAAUUGAUUAUUGGCUUUAAUUAUUGUGUUUGUAUAUUAUGAUCCCAUAUAAUUUUUGGGUUUUGGUUGUUGAGCUCUGAUAAUCAACAUUAUUCAAAGAAAAUA